AUGGACAAUAUAGAGACACCGCGGCCGCCCCGGCCCGAUAUUCAGGAACCAUCCGAAGAGUCUGGCGGCGUGCCAGAUCCAACUCCCGAGUACCUCCAGCAGACCGAGCGCGAGUCGAAGCGGCUCGAGAGCCCACAGCCGCUGCUCAUCAUCAGUGAUCUCAACGGUACCCUGCUUCACCGCCCCGACAGCUACGGCAAUCCGAGAACGGCGGUGCCGCGGCCGUAUGCGCCGUUGUUUAUCGACUACAUGAUCAAGAGCUUUUGGUUUGCCUUUUGGUCGUCGGCGCGGCCCCAGAACGUCCGCCACAUGGUCAAUGCCAUUAUCCACCCUGAAAACAAGGCCAAGCUCGUCGCUAUGUGGGACCGCUCGCGCUUUGGCCUGACGCGUGACGACUACUGCGGACGGACGCAGUGCUACAAGCGGCUGUCGCUGAUGUGGGAGGACCCAGACGUGGCGCGCACGCACCCGCACUACGAGACGGGCGGUCGCUGGUCACAGGCCAACACGGUGCUCAUCGACGACACGGCCACCAAGGCGCGCUCGGAGCCGUUCAAUCUCAUUGAGAUCCCCGAGUUUGCCGACAAGCAAGACAAAUACGACUUCGUCCUGCCGCAAGUGCACGACUACAUUAACGAGCUUGCCUUCCAGUCGGAUGUCAGCGCAUACAUCAGGGCACAUCCGUUCCAGCCACAGGAAGAUCCGGAGAUGGCAUUCGAGGUGGCACAAGAGGAUGAGACCACAAGCCAAGGACCAAAGGUUGUACGGAACUCAAAGCGGCGGAGACCUGACAAACCCAAAGCCGACCGGCGGCGAGGACAACACGAAGGGGUGUUUUCAGACAGAUUCUAG